AAAAAAUGAACGACAGUGAACUCAUCAGCUAUGACUUCGAGCGGCGUUUCGACCAACAACGAGCCUUUGAAUGGAUGCAGGAAAAUUGGAGGUCGUCGUUCAUGCUCUGUGGCCUGUAUGCUGCGCUCGUGUUCGGCGGGCAGCACUUCAUGAGGGAGAGGCCAAAGCUGAACCUGCGGCGGCCGUUGAUGCUGUGGUCACUCAGCCUGGCCAUCUUCAGCAUCAUCGGAGCGGUCCGAACCGGAACGUACAUGCUGCACGUCCUCCUGAACGGCGGCUUCAGGCAGUCGGUGUGUGACAGCAGUUUCUACAAAGCCCCGGUCACCAAGUUCUGGGCCUACGCCUUCGCUCUCAGCAAGGUCCCGGAGCUGGGCGACACCAUGUUCAUCAUCCUGCGGAAGCAGCGCCUCAUUUUCCUGCACUGGUACCACCACAUCACCGUCCUGCUCUACUCCUGGUACACCUACAAGGACCAGGUGGCCGGCGGCGGCUGGUUCAUGACCAUGAACUACAUGGUCCACUCUCUGAUGUACUCGUACUACGCGGCGCGGGCCGCGGGCCUGCGGGUGCCUCGGAUCUGCGCCAUGACCAUCACGGCGGCCCAGAUCCUGCAGAUGGCGAUGGGCCUGGUUGUACUGGCUUACGUCUACAACUGGAUGGACAUGGCGCACUGCUUCUCACACGUGGACAAAGUUGUGUGGGGCACCAUCAUGUACCUGAGCUACCUGCUGCUCUUCGCCUCCUUCUUCUACAACACGUACCUCAAGGAACCUGCCGAAGUCAAAGCUUCCAAAGCCGAGUAGCCACUUCUGGAAAAAAAAAUCUAGUAUUUUUUCCAAAGAAUUUAUUGGUUUGUGGGCAUUUCUCCGUCCCAGAAACACGGAUGCAUGCGGGUAUUUAGACCAGUUUGAAGAGGAUCAAAGGGAGAGGAGAUGCCGUCGGAUAAUACUUAGUGAAAUAUCAUUUAAUGCACAAGAAAAAAGCACUUCUAGAUUCACAAAGUGGAAGAAAUUAAGUUUUCCUGCUUAUGGAAUCAGCACUUCUGCACGCUUAAAAAUUUCUGCAGUCGCUGUUUACUAAAAGCUUCUUAAAACUGAAGACAUUUCCCAGAAUGCACCUAAAUAUUGUCCUUAGGACAAAACAUUCCUUUUUUCUUCGCAUUUAAAAAACUUUAAAAGUACCAAACGGUUGUUUUAUUUUUAAAAUUAAGUUUGCCUUAAAUGCAAAAAAAAAAAUCAUUUUUCAUGUUUUGAGCCAUUAUGGGUCACCCGGUUACUAUGACGACCAUUUUUAGAUCUGUUUUUAAAAGCUGUAGGGUUUUUGUUGUCAUUUUUGAUUAGAUAGAAACAAAUUUCAGAGUUUACAGAUUAGCAGCAAGUCUUAGUUUUGCUAAAACUUUUAGUUUUAGAACUAAAAAAAAUAACAAACAAGCUACAAAUUCCUGUGGAAUACUAAAAUAGUUAGUAAUAGAAUGCAAUGACUUCUUUUUUUAUUAAAGUAGUUACUGGUCUAUUGAUUAACCCUUUAACACCUGAGUUCCAGUGUUUGUUCUAUGAUUUACUGUAACUUUUCAACCACAAACACAAUAAUUCCAGUAGAUUUUGAAGAUUUUCUCCUUCAAAAUCAACUGGAAUUAUUGUGUUAACGGCUUAAAAGUUAAAGAUUUUGUGUUUACGCCUCAGGAGUUAAAGGGUUAAAAUAUAUAUAUUCGAUAAAUCCGAUAGUUGCCCCUAAGUUUGACUUAAAACAGUUUAUUUGCACAUGUGCAGGUCUAUACACCCUAAUGUUUUCAUACGUUUACCUGUGUAAAAAUAAAAGCUGAAACUUAAAAAGAAAAUAAGAUUUUUUUUAAAAAAGUUCCCUUUAAUAACUAUAAAAGAAAUAAAAUAGAAAUAGUUCUACAAAAUAAAAUUUACUUUAUUGAAGUUAUGACAUAAACUACAUUUUUUUAAAAAAUUUUAAACUGAUCCUCUUUAGCAAAUAUUGUACUUUGAAUUCAAAAAUGAAAACUGUUUAGCCUUAACUCAGAGUUCUGCACCCUUUAACUCCUUCCUCUUUACCCAGUAUGAGAAAUGCACUGUAUUUGUGGCCAGUAAAUAUUUACAGCAAUUGAAUUAUAACAAUGUUAUAUAUAUAUUUUUUAUAUUUAAUUGUUUUUAACUUCUUUUUAUUUUGAAAAACGCUUCCUUCAAAAGAAAAUACCCGAUUCUACUGGACUAAAAACGUUAGAUUUUGGUUCACCUUCGUCCUUUUUUUCUCCCUUUUACCAUCAAUUCUAGAAUUUAAAUUAAAAAAUGUAUAAAGAAGCAACAAUAAACCACUUUAAAGGUAAUUUAAAUCUUUUUUCUUUAAUUUUUCUUGGUUAAAUGUAAACAAAACUAGAUUAAAACUCAUCAUGUUUUGUACAGGAUUUUUCUUUUAAUUCCAUAAUAAUUAAUUCAUUCCCAAGUAAAAUAUUGAAAACUACAAACAAACCUCAUAUACUUUAAUAGUUUCUUUACUUGUGUAUCUGUAACGUUCACCUGCUUUUAAAUAUUCCGUCCCAUUUUUGUUCUGAUAUAUUUCCACACGUCUAUUUGCAAAGUGAUUAUUACACAACUUUUGAGGUUUUUUUUAGAAUAUCAAACAAAAACCUUUAAGUUCCUGUUUGAAGAGGCUGUGAUUUCUGUUACAUAAGUUUGUCCCUCUGAUAAUGGCUCCGUCUCAUGUUCCCACGUCCACACGCAUCACUGCUGGAGCGCUGAACGCAGAGUUUAAGAGCUUUAAAACUCUGCAUCUCGGUUCUGUAUUUCCUCUUGAUUAGGAGUGAAAUACUUCCAAUAAAAACUCAUGUUGCUGCACGGA